CUUGCGUCGAACUCGAUACAGCACGCACACUCUCACGUCCUCCGUCUCUCUCACGCUCUCCUCCUCCGAUCCAUCCCAGGUGCCUAUCUCUCUUCCUCUCUAGCCGGUUUCGAUCUCUUCCGAUCUCUCUCUACCCUCUCACUGUCUGGAGAUCCUUGAAGUCAGAAUUUCAUUUGUUCUCGUCUCAUUUGUUGCUGAAACUUAAUAGCUACCCGUAUAUCUGUUUCCAAGUGCACCAAUUUUAGUCUAUGGUCAUGAGAGGGUUGCUAUAACAGAAAGACCAAUCGUUUAUUUGUAAAGCCUCAUGGGGACUGAAAAUCCUGGUCGUCAGCAGUUUCCUGCAAGACCUGCUGCUACGCCUUUUGCAGCUCCUCCUCAGAAUGUGAUGCCUUUUUCAUCAUCCGGUCCCUUGGUCAGAUCAGAGUCCUCUGGUUUUAGAAGUACUCUACCAGCUGGUCACCAGCCUAUGAUGCCUCCAUCCAUGCAUAUGGAUGGAUCACAAGUCUCCGGAUUUAGAUCUCCACCGAUAGCUAGGUUUAAUGAUCCAUCUGUGCCUUCCCCACCAACAUCAAGUGUCCCAGCCACAGUUGGACCAUUUCAGCGUUUCCCAACACCACCUUUUCGCUCAACAGCUCAAGUACCACUUUCACAUGCCCCGCCAGUGGGGCAACCACUAGCUCAACCUCCUGCACCGUCAGUUUCCUUUCGUACACAGCCACAAAUACCUCUUGUACCAAUGGGAUCUCCACCUCAAAGUCUAAAUUCUGCACCACCCAACAUGAAUGUUCCUUACUCUUCACCAGAUUCAACGGUUCCAGCUCCCAGACCCAAUUUUCAGUCAUCUUUUCCUGGACACAUCCGUUUGCAAUCUAACGCAGAUUCACAAGCCCCACCUAUACAGUCUCCUUUUUCUGCUCACCAAGGAGGUUAUGCACCCGCCCCUCUACCUUCUUCAUCCCCUUUCCUUGCUCAUCCUGGUGGUUAUGUUCCACCUCCGCCAGUGUUAGCACCCAUGGGUCUGCAGUCGAGGGACCAGAUGCAGCAUUUUGGCUCUGGACCUCCAAUUGGUUCUAUCCAAGGUUUGAUGGAAGACUUCAGCUCACUCUCCAUUGGGUCUGUUCCUGGAUCAAUUGACCCAGGAAUCGAUCCCAAAGCACUGCCGAGGCCAUUGGAAGGUGACGUGGAACCAAAAUUGCUGGCUGAAAUGUAUCCUAUGAACUGCGAUCCUAGAUAUCUUCGACUUACUACUAGUGCAAUUCCAAAUUCCCAAUCUUUGGCUGCAAGGUGGCAUUUGCCCCUUGGAGCCAUUGUUUGCCCACUUGCAGAAGCUCCUGAUGGGGACGAAGUGCCAGUAGUUAAUUUUGCUUCAACAGGCAUUAUUCGAUGUAGAAGAUGUCGCACAUAUGUGAAUCCAUUUAUCACAUUUACAGAUUCUGGGAGAAAAUGGCGCUGCAGCAUUUGUUCUUUACUGAACGAUGUUCCUGGUGAGUAUUUUUCCCAUUUAGAUGCCACUGGCAGAAGACUUGAUUUGGAUCAGCGGCCUGAGCUUACAAAGGGUAGUGUCGAAUUUGUUGCUCCAACUGAAUAUAUGAUGCGGCCUCCAAUGCCUCCAGUGUAUUUUUUCCUCAUUGACGUCUCUAUCUCUGCAGUAAGAAGUGGUAUGAUUGAGGUUGUGGCCCAAACAAUUAGAUCUUGUUUGGACAAGCUCCCUGGCUUCCCCAGAACACAAAUCGGAUUUGCAACUUUUGACAGUGCAAUACAUUUUUAUAACAUGAAGUCAUCUUUGACACAGCCACAAAUGAUGGUUGUCUCAGAUCUAGAUGACAUAUUUGUACCAUUGCCAGAUGAUCUCCUUGUCAAUUUGUCUGAGUCAAGAAAUGUGGUGGAAACAUUCCUAGAUAGCUUGCCCUCCAUGUUUCAGGACAAUAUGAAUGUGGAAUCUGCUUUUGGUCCUGCUCUUAAGGCAGCUUUCAUGGUUAUGAGUCAACUUGGGGGAAAAUUGUUAAUUUUUCAAAACACACUGCCAUCUCUUGGUGUUGGCCGCUUGAAAUUGCGUGUAGACGAUCUUCGUGUUUAUGGAACGGAUAAAGAACACAUGUUAAGACUUCCAGAAGAUCCAUUCUACAAGCAAAUGGCUGCUGAAUUAACUAAGAACCAGAUAUCAUUGAAUGCAUACGCCUUCAGUGAAAAGUACACUGAUAUAGCCUCUUUAGGAGCUCUUGCAAAGUACACCGGAGGUCAGGUGUAUUAUUAUCCAAGCUUCCAAUCUGCCACUCAUGGAGAGAAGUUGAGACAUGAGUUAUCCAGAGACCUUACAAGGGAAACUGCCUGGGAAGCUGUCAUGCGGAUAAGAUGUGGAAAAGGGGUCCGCUUUACAUCUUAUCACGGAAACUUUAUGCUAAGAUCUACGGAUUUAAUGGCGCUUCCUGCUGUAGAUUGUGAUAAAGCAUAUGCAGCACAAUUAUCUCUUGAAGAUACAUUACUGACAACUCAGACAGUAUAUUUCCAAGUUGCUUUGCUAUAUACUGCAUCUUGUGGAGAAAGGCGUAUUAGAGUACACACAGCAGCUGCACCAGUGGUUGCAGAUCUGGGAGAGAUGUAUCGCCAGGCUGAUUCUGGUGCCAUUGUUUCCUUGCUAAGCAGGCUAGCAAUUGAAAAAACAUUGUCCCAUAAGUUGGAAGAUGCUCGAAACUCUCUGCAACUAAGAAUCGUUAAAGCUCUUAAAGAAUAUCGAAAUCUCUAUGCUGUGCAACAUCGUUUGGGAGGCAGGAUGAUAUAUCCGGAGUCUCUGAAGUUUUUGCCUUUGUAUGGAUUAGCAAUUUGUAGAUCAAAGCCUCUUCGUGGAGGGUAUGCUGAUGCUCCACUAGAUGAGUGCUGUUCAGCAGGUUACACAAUGAUGUCUCUACCGGUUAAGAAAUUGUUGAAGCUUUUAUAUCCUAGAUUGGUUCGACUUGACGAGUAUCUUCUGAAGGCAUCUACCCAGGCUGAUAUCAAAGAUCUUGAGAAAACAUUACCUCUGGCUGCUGAGAACUUAGAUGCCAGAGGUCUUUAUUUAUAUGAUGAUGGGUUUCGCUUUAUUCUAUGGUUUGGUAGAGCUCUCUCACCUGAUGUAGCUAUGAAUUUACUUGGGGCGGACUUCGCAGCAGAAUUAUCUAAGGUUAACCUUUAUGAACAUGAUAAUGAAAUGUCGAGGAAGCUGAUGAGGAUAAUUAAGAAUUUUAGAGACAGCGACCACUCAUAUUAUCAGCUGUGUCAUCUUGUAAGACAGGGGGAACAGCCCAGGGAAAGCUUCCUUCUUCUUUCCUAUCUUUUGGAGGACCAGAUGGGGGGUGCUAAUGGUUAUGUCAAUUGGUUUCUACAAAUACACCGGCAAGUUCAGCAAAAUGCAUGAUAUGAUAAGUUCAGUAAAAUCUGUUAAUAUACAGGGUCCCAACAGGCACCUUCUGCACCUCAUACACUAGUUGAUGGAGCAUAUUCUUUUUAUCAAAAUCAUGAUCAAUUUGAGUGAUGGUUAACUUGAUGAACUGGUCACCAGACAUAUUGAAAGAUUUGUUUGUCCUUCACAGGAUCAGGAUGUAAAAAUUAGGGAAGAUGUAGUCUUAAAAUUGAGAAGAAAAACAAACUGAGUGAAUUUUUUGUCUGCGAUUUUUUUAACUAUUUUUAGCCAUUUUUCUAAUCUGUGUUUUAUUUUGAUUUUCUUUUUCCCAACAUGCCACGAUUGUUUUGGAACAACAGUUUUCUUACUAAAUUAUUUGAUUCUCUUCACUUACAAA